GUGACGCUCUGACGCGCCGCUCCGGACAAUAAAGGCGCGCGUGCGUGUGAGAGAUCGCGCACACUUUGGCUGACACUGACUGGACACACACGACACACCACAGCAGUAACAUGGCUCUGGACAUCAGCACCUGGGAUCUGGCGUGUCAGUUCAAUAACACGGAUCACCACACGGAGCUGAACGGCACUGACCGGCUGAUCGUACGGAGAGGACAGGCCUUCACCAUCAACCUGUACCUGAACUCCGGCUCGUACCAGCCCGGAUACAGCCAGCUGCACAUCACUGCAGAGACAGGUAAUGCACACAGAUAUGAACCUAAUAUUUUAAUACCUCAGCUAACUGUCAGACUCUGGUCUGUGUUUUGUGCCUUCCCUGCCCUUAUUUGGUCCUUCCUGUUCCUGUCCAUAUCUUCAUUUAGUCCAGGUGUUCCCCAUUUAGCUCGGUUUGUUCCCAGGUGUGUCCCAUUUUUCGAGGAGGGCAUACUGGACGUUUGCUUGAGAAUCCUGGACAUGAAUCCUAAACACAGAAGGAACCCUGCGAAGGACUGUUCUGGACGCAGAAACGUCAUUUAUGUCACAAGAGUGCUGAGUGCCAUGAUCAACAGCAAUGACCGGGACUACGGCGUGGUGGAGGGCUGCUGGAAGGACACGUUUGACGGCGGCGUGAGCCCCAUGUCCUGGAGAGGAAGUGUUCAGAUCCUGAGGACGUGGAGCAGCACUUCCUGUUUGCCGGUGCGCUACGGACAGUGCUGGGUCUUUGCAGCCGUCGCAUGCUCAGUGUCUCGCGCUCUGGGAAUCCCAUGCAGGGUGAUAACAAACUACUAUUCUGCCCAUGACACCAACAGCAACCUUGUUAUCGAGCGCUAUCUCAACGAGAAAGGAGAAGUAGACAGGAGCACCAGAGAUAUGAUAUGGAACUACCACUGCUGGGUGGAGAGCUGGAUGACGCGACCCGAUCUCCCUCCGGGGUUUGACGGCUGGCAGGCGAGUGACCCGACGCCGCAGGAGAAAAGUGAAGGUGUGUUCUGCUGCGGGCCGGUUCCUGUGCGGGCGAUAAAAGAGGGCGAGCUCACCUUUAAAUACGACGCUCCCUUUGUGUUCGCGGAGGUGAACGCAGACUUAGUGUACAUGCUGAAAUAUAACGAUGGGAGCACAAGGAAGAUUGUCAAUGACCAAAAAGUAGGGCAGAAGAUCAGCACCAAGAGCGUAGGCCGAGAUGAUAGAGAAGACAUCACACACCUGUACAAAUAUCCCGAAGGUUCUGCGGAGGAGAGGCAGGUUUUCGAGAAAGCAAACCACCAGAACAAGCUGCUUCAGGAGAAAGGCAACCCUGGGCUGCAAAUCACCAUCAAGCUGUCGACGGGCAUCAGGAAGGGCUGUGACUUUGACGUCUUUGCAAUAGUGAGCAAUAACACAGAGGAGAAUAAGAAGUGUCGUCUGGUGUUUGCAUCUCGUGCCGUGUCGUAUAACGGCGUGAUCGGACGCGAGUGCGGCUUUAAAGACCUGCUCAAUGUGGAGCUGGCGCCUGGAGGAGAGAGGAAGGUUCCUCUGAGGCUGAACUACAGUAAAUACUGUAAUAAUCUAACGGAGGACAAUCUCAUCCGUCUGGGUGCUCUGCUGAUCGACCACAGCACAAAGGAAGCCGUCAUGGCCAUGCGUGACGUAGUGCUGGACGAACCGGAAAUCAAAAUCAGGAUUCUGGGAGAACCCAAAGAGAAGCGUAAGCUGGCGGCGGAGCUCACUCUACAGAACCCGCUGCCAGAACCCUUACAAGGGUGCUGCUUCACCAUCGAGGGCGCAAACCUCACCGGCGGCAGCAGCAUCACCGAGAAACUGGAUUCACCCAUCGAACCCGGGCAGGAGGCCAAAGUCAAAAUCUACUUCACUCCCACUCAGUCCGGCCUGCGCAAACUCGUGGUGGAUUUUGACAGCGACAAGCUGGGCCACGUUAGAGGAUACAAGAACGUUAUCAUCGGGAAAUGAGCGAACGGAAUGUGAAUCGUCUGUUUUUCCAUAUACUACAGAGUAAUACGUUAUCUUUUAUAAACUAAGAAUGUGAAAAGUCAAGCUUCUGCAGCUGUACGUAUGUGUUUAAGCACAACACAGUAUGCAAUAUUAAAUCUUUUCAAUUUUAAGUGUCCUUGAUGUGUUUGGAGCCACAUUGCACUGUGGGAAAUAUCAUGCUGUAAAAACACAAGAAUGACAAGGAUGCAUGGAAGAGACGGCGAUUUAACUAGAUUUUUAGAAGAGAGAGUAAACAUUUAUAUGCAAUUUUUAUGUUUUUGCUUUAUAUAUCUUUAUAUUCAGCUGUGACUUUUUCAUUAAAAAUCAUUUAUGCUAUAA